AUGCUGAUAUUUAACUGUAUGAUUUUAAAUUAUAAUUAAAAAUUGUAAAAAUUGUGCAUAGAAUCAUGUCUGAUGAAGUUGUCAACUACAACAAAACGGCACAUUAAAUUGAAUAAAUAAAGAUUAAUAAAGUAGGAAGAGAAUAUAAAAAUGAAUACAAGGUUGAUCAAUGUUGUUUAGAAAUUGACAUAGUUUUUGAUGACAUUUCAUCCUAAUCCCCUGAUGGCUCGAUGCGAUGAUAGUUUCUGAACAGUAUACCUACGAUACCAUUGAUCCAUAUGUGAGCGUCUACCCGUGUAGCCGACAAUGGAUAAAUAAUUGGAAAAUGACUCAUUAUUUUCUAUUAUUUCAAAAGCAAUUGAAUUAAUGCAUUAUAAUUAAUUAUUUUUUGACUUUUCAAUGCAUUUUAAUGCAUUAUUUAGAAUCAUGUAGAAAUUCUCAAUAAUGCAUUAUUAUCCAAUGCAUUUCAAUGCAAUAUUUCUAAUAAUGCGAAAAUGGUUUGAAAAUGCAGUAAAAUUUCAAUGCAUUUCAAAGUAUUAUUUAGAGUAAUGUUUUUACAUUAGAAAAUUCCCUAUUUUCGUACAAGAUAUAUUGAAAAAAUGAUUUAGCAGGCAGAUGCUUGAAUUGACACAGCUUUCUGGGUAUCAAGCGCUCUUCAAUAAGAGUCGCGCAAGUUAAAGAUUUAAUAAAAAAUGUAACCUGAGCUACAGCGCUAAGAGUAUUUUUCGAAUCCCUUUCCCCCGAUAAUUAGAUCACGAAUAAUUUUGUUCCCCAAAUAUGAAACCAUUUUAAUACUCUUGAAAUAGCCUCAUGUCAUAUAUACGUUUUUCGAGUGAUAUCGUUUUCAACUACAAUUCGACAUGGUCGAAGUGAUAAGUUUGAAUUCAAUAACAAUAAAAUUAUUUAUUCAUUGCCUUUUGUUUUAGAUUCUUAUCUUAGAGAGAUAGAUUAAGGUUAAGGGGAUAGAUGCGCAGAACCACAGAGAUACAAUUAUGGUAAUUAGGAUAUCGAUUUAAUAGGAUCUAAUAGAUCUUAUGUAGCAAGUGUCUAAUAAGAGUUUUUCAAUGUAUUAUUUUACAAUAGAAAUGCAUUGCAAUGUCUAUUCUUCUACAAAAUCGGCUACAUGGGUAGUAUCGUUAAAUUUGAAUGCAAGGAUAAAUGGCAUACCUCAAGUAGAAAAGUAUACUGAAAGUACUUGGAAUUAGCCUAAUAUUACUUGAAGUAGUUCAAAAUGGCCGUUAUCUCAAAUUAUCUAAAAAAGAGAUAGUAUAUUCAACGGAGUCUGACAAUCAGGUACGUUGAUCUGAUAAGAACGAUUUUUUACUGGAUUUCUGAAGUAAGUGCAAUUAGAUAUUUUGGUCGAAUUGAUUCUGCUACGUAGAUAUUUGCGGCAAUUGAUAGAAUCAAGUUAGGUAUAUCAAAAUAUCUUGUGAUCUCUUUUAUAUACGAUCUCAACUAUAAUUAUUUCGGAAAUCAUUGGAUCAGAAAACAUAGUUACGAAAAUAAUCAAAUGACAUAUAAAUCAAUCGUAGACUACAUUUUGAUCAUUUUUGUUGGCAUAUCUUGAAAAAAACGCGCUACUGAGUCGACGAGAGAAACAAUGUAAAGUAAUAAUAGCCUAGCAACUGAGUCUCUAUCAAUUAACAAUGCUUCUCAUUUGAAACAGUAUUUUUUCGUAGUAGUUUGUUUCGUUCUGCUUACACAACACAAUGAAAGUGUGCGAUAUCUCUGCAAGAGAAAGAGAGUCGCGUGUUGUCUCUACGUAUAAAAGAAAUAAUAGAAUAAUAACAGUGUAAGAUAAAGAAUAGCCAGUAUUUGUUUAUUGACACGACGUGCACAUACAUUGUAUCAAGUUUCAUCGAAAAAACUUUUACAACAAUCAGUCGCAGCAUGAAUUUACCAGAAAAAAUUCAGGCAUCAGGAGAUCCCAUUAAUCAAUACAUUAUGGAACAUUCACUAUGUUUCACAACUGAACAGCUAGAACUAAUUGAAUACACCAGAACUCUCCCCGGUAGUCAAGAACCAUUUAAUUUAAUUUCUCCUCACGAUAAUAGUCAUACUCAUUUUUUUCAUAGCACAUCUUUCACGAAUGCUCGGUUCACUCGAUGAAGCGCAAUUCUUCCAGAUUCUCAUUCGAUUAAUGAAUUUCAAAAGAUGCAGUAAUUCUUUUCUUUCAUAGGCUAUGCUAAGAUAAAAAUACGAAAAUCGUGAAAAAAAUUCGUUUCAUCUAAUUUAGUCGAAAUUGGUACAUUCACCGGUUAUACAUCCUUGACGAUUGCUCUCGCUCUACCUUCUGAUGGACAAGUGAUCACGUGUGAUAUUGAUGGUCAAUAUAUUCGUCAAGAUCUAUGGAGAAAGGCAGGUGUUGACGAAAAAAUUACUUUGCGACUUGAACCAGCUAUUCAGAUACUAGAGAAAUUGAUAGAAGAACACGGUGAUGGAUCAUUUGAUUUCAUUUUUAUUGAUGCUGACAAAGUUAACUAUUUGCGAUGCUACGAGUUAUCCAUUCGACUAGUUCGCUCCAAUGGACUAAUCGUGAUAGACAACACAUUAUAG